AUGAGUAGAGGAACAAAUCUCUUUAUAGCUUUUUCAAUAUCAGCAGUUGUCUGGGUGAUCACUCUAUUCUUAUCUACAGGAUAUGUGAAGUAUUUAAAAAAAAUAAAAUAGUGAAGUUGCAAAAUCUAUGCCAACAUAUGCUUUGAUUUUAUAUUUUUCAUAUGCACUCUUUAAAGUUGGAGGAGAUUUAGCAAGAUUAAAGGAUUAUCCUGAAGAAGCAGAAUCAUUAUAAAAAGAAGUUUAAGAGGCUAAAAGAUUCUAUUAACAAUAGGGAUUGAAAUUGUGA